AAUCAGCAACAUGUUGGGAAUUGUCUCUUUAUGCUUUUUGCUGGGGUCAGAGUUCUGCAUAGCAGCAAGGCAAGAACUGAUAGUUACCACCAUAAAGCAAGACCCCUACACAAUGAGCAAGGGCUCGCAGUUAGAAGGCUACUGUAUGGAUCUGUUCACUGAGCUGGCUAAGAAACUGGGUUUGAAAUACAGAGUUCACCUGGUGAAGGAUGGAUCGUAUGGCCGGCAGGACGAAAGUGGAAACUGGAACGGAAUGAUUGGGGAGGUUGUUAGAGGGGAAGCUGAUCUCGCCGUGGCUCCCCUCACUCUCACUGCUGCCCGUGAGAAGGCUGUGGGAAUGACAAAACCUUACAUGCAGACCGGAAUCAGUAUCCUCCUCCGCAAAGAUAUCGUUUCUGAGGAGGCCGGCUUUUUUGCCUUCCUCUCCCCCUUCUCUGGGGAGACCUGGUUCGGCAUCCUGAUUGCAUACUUUGUGACUGCAGUCUGCAUCUGCAUUGUGGGAAGGUUGAGUCCAUGUGAAUGGAGUGAGCCUGAGACAGAGCCGAAUCGCUUCACACUUCUCCACAGUUUAUGGUAUGCUGUAGGAGCCCUAACCCUGCAAGGUGCAGGCCCUCACCCUAAAGCUGUGUCAGGAAGGGUUAUCAGUUGUACCUGGUGGUUGUUUGCCGUCGUACUCCUGGCCUGUUAUUUUUCCAGUCUUAAUUCCUCUCAGGGGUCUGACUCUGCUCCGCUCAUGAUUAAAGGGUUUGAGGACUUGGCUAAUCAGGAAGUAAUAGAAUAUGGAACGCUUGCCGGCUCCUCCACACUCGCCUUCUUUAAGAACUCCAAUAACCCAUCUUACCGCCGCAUCUAUGAGCACAUGGAGCGGAGGAAGAGUUUUGUGACCUCUAUGGAUGAGGGUGUCCAGAGAGCAAAGGAAGGAAAUUAUGCUUUCAUUGGAGAAUCGGUGUCCCUGGACUUGGCUGUGGCACGGCAUUGUGAACUGGUCCGUGCACAUGAGGUCAUCGGGAUGAGAGGUUACAGCAUCGUAACUCCUCUUGGAUCUCCUAUGCUGAAGAACCUGAGCGUGGCCAUCCUGCAGCUGAGCGAGGCUGGGGAGCUGGAGUACCUGCGCACUAAGUGGUGGGCCAGCAGCUGUAUACCGGAUAGUGCCAAAGCCUCGUCUCUGAGGGCUCAUAGCAUGAAGGGCAUCUUCCUGGUUCUAGCUAUAGGUCUUGGGAUUGGAGUGCUGCUCUCCUUGUUUGAACUCACCUCAAAGUCUCGCAGCACUGCAGGGGAGCAGAAGAAAUCCUGCUGCACAGUUUUGACUCAGGAGCUGAGCCAGCGUUUGAGAAUGACCAACACAAAGGGAGACCAAGAAACCUCAGACAAGAACAAGGCAUAAAAGGUUAAACAACAGUGAUGUAAUAUGUAAGUCUUACAUAGCAGAAUGACUUAACUGUUCAUACUGUAGGUCUGUACAUUAUCUGGUGUUAGGUAUUAUUACUAUUUCCCAUGCUA